CUUGGGUUGAAAUAGAAGGUUGGCCCGUGACGACCCAUUUUCCAGACCCAGAAAUAAAUAGAGGAAAACAAGAGACUCACCGUAAGCAGUGAAACACACAAAGCGAAGCAACAUCAAGGAGGCGAACCGCCAUUUGAAGCUCCAUGGAUUACCUGAAAUCCGUGGUUCCCUCACAGCUGCUCUCCGAGCGAGGAUCCAAUCUGGUCAUCAUCAACCCAGGUUCUGCAAACAUCAGAAUUGGCCUUGCUUCGAAGGACACCCCUCUUAAUAUUCCACAUUGCAUCGCAUGGCACACCACGCAGGAGCCCAGGAGAAAUGUUCAAGACCAGCUGCUCAAUACUCAAGUUACGACUACGCAGUACAUGGAGCGGGAAAAGGCCUACGAUAUGAUUGCGUCGUUCUUGAAGAUUCCGUUUAUAGAUGAAGAGGUUGGAAAUAAUUCUUACCCACGCAAGAUGGGACGCGUUGAUGGACUUAAUCCACAGAAUAGUAGAAAGGACACAUCAUUUGAUUGGACAGAUGUGUACCAAAAGGAACCUAGUUCGUCUUCAGCAUUAGAAAGUUCAGAGAAUAAAGGCACAACUAGCGAGUCUUUAGGCCAGCACAGAGAUGCAAAUACUGAGGAGCUUGGCUCUAGCAAUCACAAAUACAAAAAGGUCAUCUAUGGUGAGGAAGCACUAAAAAUAUCCCCCAUGGCACCAUAUACCUUACAUCGUCCUAUACGUAGAGGUCACCUAAAUAUUUCGCUACAUUAUCCCAUGCAGCAGGUACUUGAAGACGUACAUGCUAUUUGGGAUUUUAUUUUGACAGAGAAACUGCACAUCCCUCUACAUGAAAGACACAAGUAUGCAGCUAUGCUCGUCCUUCCAGAAACAUUUGAUAAUCGAGAAAUAAAGGAAUUGUUGUCAAUAGUCUUGCGUGACUUGCGUUUUAGCUCAGCAGUGGUACAUCAGGAAGGUCUAGCUGCAGCUUUUGGGAAUGGAUUAUCAACAGCUUGUGUUGUUAAGAUGGGUGCUCAGGUGACAUCAGUUAUUUGCAUUGAGGAUGGAGCAGCUUUACCUCAUACAGAGAAAACUUUACCUUUUGGUGGAGAGGACAUUUCAAGAUGCCUUCUUUGGACUCAAAGACAUCAUCAGACAUGGCCACAAAUUCGUACUGACAUGUUCACCAAGCCGAUAGAUCUCUUGAUGCUUAACAGACUAAAAGAGUCUUAUUGUGAGAUUAAAGAGGGGGAGCUUGAUGCUGUUGGUGUAGUUCAUUCUUAUGAAGAUGGCAUGCCAGCUGGAUCUCAUAAGACAAGAUUAACUGCUCUCAAUGUCCCUCCUAUGGGUUUGUUCUUCCCAAUGCUUUUGGUCCCAGAUGCAUAUCCUCCACCGCCAAGUGUUUGGUUUCGUGACUAUGAAGACAUGCUAGAAGAUACGUGGCACAUGGAAUUUCCCAGAAGACCUGAAAUGUCAGAUGGCUUGUUUUCCAGCAUGAAUACCGGGUAUCCAAUGUGGGACAGCUACCCAGCUUUUUCAGCUAAACCAAAGAAAGAAGAAAAAAUUGGCCUUGCAGAAGCCAUAACGAGUAGCAUUCUUUCAACAGGACGUAUAGACCUCCAAAGAAAAUUGUUCUGCAGUAUACUAUUGAUUGGUGGAGUGGCUUUGACAAGAGGUCUUGUUCCUGCAGUGGAGGAAAGGGUUUUACAUGCAAUUCCUUCAAAUGAAGCGAUUGAUACUGUUGAGGUCUUGCAAUCAAGAUCAAAUCCAACUUUUGUACCAUGGAAAGGUGGUGCGAUUCUUGGAAUUCUUGAUAUUGGUCGGGAUGCUUGGAUACAUCGUGACGACUGGAUUCGCAAUGGGAUUCACAUUGGAAGUGGGAGAAAGUACAAGGACUCUUAUUUUCUUCAAGCACAGGCAAUGUGUUACAUUAAUUCGUAGAAGGUGACACCUGCUCUUAAUUACAUGAACUUAAUUGAAGAUGCUAUCGGCUCCCUAGUAAUGUCAAUGUUAGUCGGGGCUUUGGCAGUUAACCGACUCUGUAACUUAUUUAGUCUUUCAGACGAAAGCAUUGGGUGCCCGUAAAGAGGCAAUGCAUCUUUCUUUUUACUA